UUCCUCCAGCCGCGUACGCCUCCGCCUUCCCGAGAUGCGCGCGCAUCUCUCAGGGAGGACCCGGAAGUUUCGCUUCUCACUUCUAGGCCUAAAAUGACUGAAAUAAAGCAAGCUGAAGCUCAGCUUUCUGAAUUAGACCUGCUCUCUAGUAUGUUUCCUGAUGAGAAUGAAUUCCUAGUACAUGAUCAUCUGGCUUUAGCAGAACUGAAAGAUUAUGUGGAAAAGAGGACCACAGAAAUGCCAUCUUCAAAAGUUCACUUUACUAUAAAUAUAAAACUACAGAUUUCUGAUGAAUCUAUGGUUAUGUUUUCUUUAUCUUGUGCCCUCCCUUUUCAGUAUCCUGCAAUCCUGCCUGAAAUUACUGUCAGAUCACAUUCAUUAAGUAGACCUCAGCAGUCCCAGCUGAACACAGACCUAACUGCAUACCUUCAAAAAGGAUACUGUGGUGAAGUCUGUAUACUAAAUGCAACAGAAUGGGUUAAAGAACAUGCAUCUACUUAUAUUAAAAGAGAACCUUCAUCUACUACUGCCAACACAACUCCAACUCAUUCAACAGAUGUAAUUUUCACCAGACUUUGGAUCUAUAGCCAUCACAUUUACAACAAACAUAAAAGAAAAUAUAUUCUAGAAUGGGCAAAAGAUCUCACUCUUUCUGGAUUUAGCAUGCCUGGGAAGCCUGGUAUUAUUUGUGUUGAAGGUUCACAAAGUUCAUGCGAAGAGUUCUGGGCAAGACUCCGAAGAUUAGCAUGGAAGAGAAUUUUAAUUCGCCAUAGAGAAGACAUUACCUUUGAUGGCACACAUGCAGAAAUACAAAAACAAAGAAAAUUUUUUAAUUUUGAAGAAAAAGUUUUUGAUACAAAUGGAAACAGAGGAAAUCACAUGGAUUUGGGUCAGCUUUAUCAAUUUUUAAAUGCCAGAGGAUGUGCUGAUGUUUUUCGUAUUUACUUUGGCAUAGAGGGACAAUAGUUGAAUAAAAUCAUACAAUGAAGG